GCAGUGCGUCCUUACGUCACGCAAACCGUGCUUCGCUUUCGUUACGUAAGUUCCAGGGAGGCGGAAGUGUGAUGUGGCUUUGAUUCCCAUUUACAAAAAUGUCAGCCAUUUUCAACUUCCAGUCACUGCUAACUGUGAUUCUCCUCCUGAUCUGUACCUGUGCCUACAUCAGAGCAAUGGCCCCCAGCCUGCUGGACAAGAAUAAGACUGGGCUUCUAGGAAUUUUUUGGAAGUGUGCCAGAAUAGGUGAGCGGAAGAGUCCGUGGGUGGCCUGCUGCUGUGUCAUCAUGGCUUUUAGUAUACUGUUCCUACAGUAGCAAUCUAAAGAAACCCACUAAUGGAAACAUUGGAGAAAUGGAGAGACACGAAGACAUGGACAGGAUGAUCCUAGAAGCACAAUAAGACCUCCUUUGCUUAUCAGUUAGAUAAUGUAAAAAGAGAGACCUGACAUCACGUACUGAGUCACGGAGAGCCCGUGUAUGGAGGAGGGGGUUAGCUGAUAGCAUUUGUGUGAAUCCCUCCACAGACUUCCAGGUCUGUACGUUUAAGUGUGUGUGUGGGAGGAACAAGUGUACCGCUUUUCUGUUAUCUGCUAUUUGUGGGAUCAAAUGAUACAGUUUGUCUAAACAUUUCAAACAGAUUUUUUCCAUCAUUUUGUGUCACUAUAAGGAGCUGAUUAAUCUGUUUGAAAUUCUUCACAAAGAGGACCCCAAUAAAUGUUUAAUCUGUUUAC